UUUAGAAGUGUCUCCAAGUCUUCUGGACCCAUCGAUGGCCGUCGCCUCGACGCCGCUCGUCGCGGCACCAUCGUGCCCGGCCUGGGCGAAGCGUCGUCGCGGGUUCCCGCCGCAGUUCGACGGCAAGCCGUGCGAGCCUGCCGAGGAGGAGGACAUGUGGCUGUGCAGAGCCGACGGCCGCGCGCGCAGCACCGCCGACCUGAAGCGCCUGGCGACCGCCGCUCGGGUGCGAGCGAAACGAGCAGGAGAUGCAGCCGCCGCGAACACGCGCGAUCGGCAGGCGCGCGACCAGCGCCGCCGGCAGCGUGAGCAGCACGACCGGCGCGCAGCGCCGGCGGUCGCCAAGACCGUGCGCCCACAACGCGGCCAGUGCGGCUGCCCGGCGCACGCGCGCCGGCGGUCGCCAAGACCGUGCGCCCACAACGCGGCCAGUGCGGCUGCCCGGCGCACGCGGUGUGCGGCAUGUGCGUCGACCAGGGCAAGCUCGCCGCGGCCGAGCAGGCGGCCAUCGACCUGGAGACGCGCUUCCACGCCUCGACGAACGUCGUCAUGGACCUGGAGCGGCCCGAGGACGAGACGGCGGCGCUGCUGCAGCGCUGCGUGCACGUGUGUGUGGAGUUAGAAAAGGAGUUGCGGUGUUGAUCGCCGCGGGAGCCCUCUUAU